AUGACAAAUAAAGACUAAUUUUACAAACUCGAAGAAAUAGAGGAAGAAGGUAAUUAAUCAAAAUCGAGUGAUGAAUCAUCAGAAUCAGAUAAUCUAUUUUCAUCAAUGAGAUAAGUUAAGACUGUUAGGGCAUAAAAGAAAAAGACUCUAUAUGCAGAGAAAUUAAUAUAGACUUAUAAUUCUUAUUUGUAAUUUCUUGGUGGAUAAUAAUUAUCUGAUAAGGAAUAAGAUGAUUUGAAAAUGUUUCUUGGCAAUUUAACUCAAACAAGAUUGAAUUAGCUUACAGAUAAAUACUAAUAUUUAACAGAAUAUGAUUAUCAUAUGGGAGAUGUAGUAAUAGCGUAAAUAAGUUGAAUCAAUAUUAGAUUUCCUAAUCCUGAUAGUCCUAAAAGUGAAGACUUAGGAACAAUGACUUAAUUGGAAGCAAUUUAAUUAUGUUUGAAUUGUUUUGCUGCUAAUAAAUAUGCUACAGAAUUUGAAGUUAUGGAUAAUCUUAUUUUAAUAAAGGCUAUUGAAUAGAAUUUAUAUCAUUUACAAUCUGAUGAUGAAUUUUUAUUAAAAUAAUAUGAAGAAGAAGAUAGAAUGAGAGAAGAAUAAGAAUAAAUAUUAAGUGAAGAUUCAAGAAAUAAAAAGAAUAUUAUAGAUUCAUCUAAACAAUUAGAUACAGAAGAAAGAAAUAAUGAAGGUAGAAAAAGUGCAAAAAGAGAAAGAUUUUAAAAUUUAAAAAGAUGGGGUGGUUCAUAGAAAUUAUUUAGUGAUGAAGUUGAGAAAUUGGAACUUAAAUUAAUAUAAAUCUAUAAUUUAGAUAGAAAGACAAGACAAACUGCUAUUAAAGAAGCUUUUAAUUUAGAUAAUUAUAAAUUAGAUAGAUUUAUUAGAAUUAAAUUAAGUGGAGGUAAGUUUCUAGAAUAUAAUGAAAAAGAAAAAUAUUGGAUUCGUACAUAAAAUUAAACUAAAGAUUUUAGUACACUUAUAAGAUAGGCUGUGAUAUUAUAAUUAAGUAAAUUAGGUUUCUUAAUGAGAUAAUUUAUAUCUAAAGAUGGUUCAACAAUCUUUUUAGUAUUAUAUUAAGCAGAUUAAAAUCUAAAAAAUUUGGCUAAUAAAUAUGAAAUUACAAAAUAAUUAAAUUUCUAAUUUUAAGAUAUAUUCUCAUAUGAACCUGUUGAUGAUAAUCUAAGACCAUUAAGAUUAAAUAAUAGAUUAUGGAAAUCAAAUAAUGAUUAUAAAGGUGAAUUAUCAAAAAUGUUUAUUUAUCUUAAACCUAAAAUUGUAGAAUUACUUGAUAAAAUUAAUUAUAAAUAAAUUUCAAGGGAAAUAAAUUAAUCAAUGAUAAAUUAAUAAAUAUUCUCUUAAGGAGAUGAAGAGGUUAUUGAUGAUUAUGCUCCUCAAGAUGAUGUUUGGAAAGCUUAUUAUGCUUAUUUAAUCUAUUUAGAAGAAAAAGUUACACAUCUUAGAAAUUAAUGCAUUAUUCAAAAUGAAUUUGCAUAAUUUUUUAAUAAAAAUACUAAAAGUAAAAAACCAUAUGAAAUUUAUAUGGAAAAAAACCCAGAUAAACUUAAAUUUUAAGAUUAAAUUAAUAGUCAAGAUAUACACAUUUUAGAAUAAUUAUAAAAAGAAUCUGAAAUUGAGGAUUAGAUAGAUUUAAAUGGAAGAAAUAUAGAACUCAUGGAUGUUUUUUAUGGCAUUUUUUAAAUUAUAUAGGAGCAUAGAAAAUAAUAGAAAUAUUAUGAUUAAAUUAAAGGAAUUUGUAAUAUAAAUGCAAAUAAAUUCAUUAGUUCUAAAGAUGUUAAAGUUUUAAAGAAAGAAUAAUUAGCUAAAGCAUAUUUAGAUUUAUUUUAGGAAGCAUUAUAAAUUACAAAUUUAGGAAGUAUUAAACCUCUUAAAACCAUUUGGGAUUUAGCAGAUAUAGCUCCUUUUGAGCCAUUUAUAACUUAUAAACUGACAGCAGAUAAAUUGGCAAAAAGUUAAUAAUGUAAAAUUAAUGCUUUAUGGAAAUAAUAUUGUAUUACAGAGACUGGUAAGAUUUCAUUAUUCUCAAAUAUGGAAAGAAUGAAAAUAAAUAAUCUGGCUCUAGACGAAAAGAUCAAUUUUACAAUAUUAAUUUCAGAUAAAUUUGUUUUGGCCAAAUAUUGUUUGCAUGAUAAUUAUGAAAUAUAAGGAAAGAGUAAGCGUUCAUUUUUUGUACCUCUUUUUAAAUCUGAUUAUAAUAUAGAAAUUCUAAAGAAUAAAUCUUUAUAUUUAUAUUUCUAUAAAGAAAUGACUGAAAGGAAUUAUUUAGGCAUUAUUGGUUAAAACAAAUAUUAGAAUCAAGAAUAUUAAUUUGCAGAACGAAAACUAGAAAAUUUAGCAUUUCAAUGGAGAUUUCAAUGGAAUCAUCCUUGGUUUGUACCUACCAAAUAAAUUAGAGAAUAUUAUGGUGAAAAAUUAGCCAUAUAUUUUCAUUUUGUUGGAUAUAAUGCAUCUAUGCUUUUUCCAAUUGGUAUAUUGGGUUUAACUAUCAGCAUAAUAUAAUUUAUUGUAAGUGAUACUAAAACUCCACUUUAUGUUUAUUUAUAUAUAAUAUUUGGAUUUAUUUAGAUAUAAUGGAGUAAUUUGAUUCAUGAUAUGUGGUAAACUAAGGAGAAAGUAUUUGCAAUGUAAUUCGGUUAAUUUAAUUAAUCUGGAGAAGAUACAACUUAAUAAAGAUCAUAAUUUUAUGGUUAUUAUUCACGUUCAAUUGAGACAGAUAAUUUAAAUAUUCUAUUCUUUACAGAUUUUUAAAAACUUAUGAAAAAAAUAGUAUCUUUUGCUUUAUUAUUUAUAAUGGUUAUAUUUUAUGUAGGUAUUAUAGUAUCUAUUUUCAUUAUAUCUGAUGCAUUGUAAGAUGUGGAAGCAUUCACAGAGCCUGGUUAUUCUACAGCUUUAUUUGAAGUUACAGUACCAGCUCUGAUAAAUUUGAUACUUGUAUUAUUAUUGGAUAGAGUAUUUGAUAAAUUAGCUAUUGUAUUAACUGAUUAUGAGAAUCAUAAAACAAUUAAAAUGUAUGAAGCUAACUUUAUUUAUAAAAAGUUUUUCUUAUGUUUUUUUGCUUUAUGUGUUCCCAUUCUAGAAAUUUAAUUUCUUCAUACAGUAAUAAUUAUUAUAUAAUAAAAUUAGAAAUUUGGUUUACAUUGUGUUCAUGGAGAUUGCUUGAAACAUUCAUGUUAUCAUUUUGCAACUAUGUUUAUAUUAUAGUUCUUGAUCAAUGUUUAUUUAAAAACAAGAUUGUUUGUACUUAAAUUUAUAAAAGAUUUGUAUCUUUCUAUAAAAAAUCCAAAAAGGAAAGAAACAAAAUAUACACAUCUAAAUUUAAAUGUUAAUUCUCAUUAAUCAAAAUCAAAUAAUACAAAUACUAAUAAGGUAUCUGGAUCUCAUAAAGUUUCUCUUAAGCCUAGUAUAGAUCCUUUGAAAUCAAAUUAAUAAUAAAAAAAAUCAAUUUCUCAUGCAUCACAUCCAUCAAAUCAAUUUAAAUCAAAUGAAAGAAGUUCAAAUAGUGGUUCCAUAUCUUAACCUCCUGAUUAGAAACUUUAAUUUUUUUAAGAUAAUUAAAUAAAUAUAUAAAUUUAAGAUUAGGUUGUUGGUGAUUAAGAUAGUGUUUAAGAGAAAAAGUAGGAAGAUCCAUUUCAUUUAAUAAAUGAUUACAUCGAGGAAUGUAAAUUUAUGUGUAAAUAAUGGUUUUAGAGUUUUUUGACAAAGAAUCAUAUGUUAUUAGUCCUGAAAGAUAUGGAACAGUAGAUGAUUUUAUGGAAAUAGCUAUAUAGCAUUCGAUGCUUGUCUUAUUUGGAACAACAUUUCCUUUAAGUUAUAUGAUUGCCUUUCUUAGAAGUUUGUUAGAAUUAUAAUGUGAUAAAUUAAAAUUGCUUAAUGAAAUGUAGAGACCUAUUCCAAUUAGUGAAAGCACUAUUGGAGUGUGGAAUAGAGUCCUAGAUGGAUUAGCCUAUUUGUCAUUGGUAGUAAAUAGUGGUUAGAUAACUUCAAAGAGAGAUGACAUUUCAUCUCCAGAUGGUUUAAUAUAAAUGUCUGGUUUCUUUUUAAUUUGUCUUUUGGCUAAUUUCUUCUUAAGAUUUGUAGAAAUGACAUUGUUUAGUGAAUUGCCAUUUUAGAUUUAAGAUUUAUUGCAAAGAUAAGCAUAUUUAAUUAAAAAUACAGUUGAGAAAUUUAGGGGAUCAGCUGAGCGUUCAUCAAAUAAAGCCAUAAAUCCUAGAAGUUUGAAGCGUUAUCCAAUUCUUAAAAUUUAUGGAACUAAAGUAAAGGAUGUAAGAAUAAAAGAAAUGGUGGAAUUGAGUUCAGAUUCUGAUGUUGAAGACUAUGUAAAAAGAAUGGAAGAAAUAAAAGGUAUUAAACAUGAAAAGAAGAAGGUGAAGCCUAAGAUUGAAAAGAAUGCCAAAUCUAAAAAUUAAUAAGAAAAUGAAGAUGUAGAAGAAAAUGAAGAAUAAGAAUAAGAAGAUAAUUAAAAUUUAAAGUUACUUCAAGAUGCAAGUAAUAAAGAAUCAUCAAUAGAGGAAUUACAAUAAUACUUUAAUGCCAGAGUAUCUAAUUGGGCUAUGAAAUUUAAAAUGAAAGAUACUUAAGAUAAAGAAUAAUAAUUAUUACAAAAACUCUUUUUUUAAAAGACAUUGGGUUAUCUAAAAAUGAAAGAUUAGUUAAAUCCUCAUCAAAAACAAUGGACAUUAGAUAGAUAUACAUAUAGAAAAUUCUUUUUACCUAGAUCCUUGGUUCUAAUUAGGAAUUUGGAUUGGAGAAGAUACUUGAUAUUUUAAGAAGGAGACAAAAGACUUAAGAAAUCUUUAAAACAAUAACAAAAUAAAAAGUAUGAACUAUAAUUAGAUUUUCUCAAUAAACAUUAAGAUAUUUAAUAAAAUGUUGUGGAAAAGAUGGAAAUUCUAAAGAAGAAGAAAGAAUUUGUAAAAAAACAUGUAUGGAUUGAUGGUCGUAGCACAGUAUUCUUAAGAUCAGGUGGAGUGUGGUUUGGACAAUUUAGAAAAAGUACUAAUAAAGUAUCAGGUGUUAAAGUAGCUGAGAGUUAUUUUAGAAUUUUGGAAAAAUUUAAGAAGGUCUGUGAGAAUGAGAAUAAGGCUAUGGAAUAAAAUAUCUAAGAUUAAUAAUAAGAAUAGAUAGAAGAUUCUAAUAAAAAUAAAAAGGAUACAAAAUUUAAACCAAUAGAUGAAUAAUUUUUUAAUUUGACUUGCAAUCUAUCUCAAACAUAACUUAAGAAAUUUUCAUCUACUUCUUUAAUCUCACUUCUUGAUUCCUUAUAAAUAAGACAUAAAGAGCAUUAUAUAUAUAUGUUGUCAUCCAAAGGAGUUAGUUAAGUUGAAUAUUAAUUAGAUAAUUAUAUCACAAAUGAAUUAAGAAAAUAAAAUAGAAUUAUGAAUUUUUCCUAUAUACCAUUUAGAAUUCAAGCUCCAUUCUUAAAAUUUAAUUAAAUGUAGAUUUGGGAGUUGUUUGUAGAGGAAUAGAUGAGAUAAACACAACCAAAAUUUAAUCUACUUUAUAGAAUAGAUAAAAAGAAAGAUCAAUUUGCUUCAAAUAUAAAUACAAAUGUUUUUGGUCUACAACCUUAAAACAAAAGAUGGUUAAUGUCAUAUGUUGAUGUACCAAAAAGAGAGGAUAUAAUGCUCUAUUAUACAACUGAAAUAUCAUAUAAUAGGAAUAUUUUUAAAGAUUUUAUUAAUAGAGUUUAUAGAUUUUAUGAUAUUGUUGAAGGACCUGAUUAUGCAAGCUUAAAUCUACCUAUAGGAAUUGCUAAACUUAGUUAUUUAAAAAUUUAAAAACAACCCCAAUAUUUAAAUAUACGAGAUCCAUUAGUUAAAGGUUACUUAAGUAGAGCUUAUAGUUCUCCUAAGACUCAUAAAUUUUGUAAUGGGAAGACUCUUAAAGAUGUUAUAAAAGAGAGAAAAACAAAAUAUACAGAUAUUGAAAUUUCAAAUUUUAUCACUUCAACAAUUAAAUUAUUAGAUUUUUUAGAAACAAAUAUGGGGAUGUUUCAUGGUUGUCUAAAUUUGGAUAGUUUUAUUCUUGUUGAAAAAUUGGAUAAGGCAAAACAUUUAUAAUAUGUAGUCUUUGAUUUUGGAAUGUUUUUUUGGUAUGAUCUCAAUACUGAAAGAACAUAUUUCAUGAGAUCCAUAUAAUAAAAUGAUGAAUUAUGGUAUAUGAGUCCAGAAUUGUUAACUAAUUAUCUUUAACCUAGUAAUUAGAUACCUUUAAAUCCAUAGAAAUGUGAUAUAUAUUCAUUAGGAAUGAUAAGUCUUCAUAUGGUUACUCUUGGAUAAAUGAAGUUAGAUGUAGAAAAAUCACUAUAAGAAUAUGAUGGAGAUGUUGGUUUUACAGUAAGAAGAUGGAUGAUGAAUAAUAAAAAUUAAUUGAUUCAUGAUUAUCCUAAAUCUAGUUAAUUAAUAAUGUAAUUGUUGCAUCCAGAUUAUAAAUUAAGAUUAUAUCCUUCUGUAAUGGCAGCUAAAUUAUAAGGUAGAGCAAUAUUUAAUGAUAAUGGAAUGUGUAAUUUUAAUUUUGAUGAGGAAUUGGAAGUAUUGAAAUAAAAAAGAUUUUGCCCAACUUUCUAUGACAAUAUAUUGGAUGAAUUGAAUGAGGAAUAAUCUAAAAAUCAAGUUUUUAUAUCUAUCAAAUCAUAUUUAAAGUAAACUAUCUUUUCAUUUGAAUAAUAUUUGAUUUUGGGACAACUUGAAAAAUUUGAUGAAAUGUCUCAAGAUUUUGAAGAAAUUAUUAUUCAUAAGUAUUUUCUUACUUCUGUAGAAUAAUCUACUGAAGAAAUAUCAGAUUUUUUAAGUCAUUUUUAAUUGUAUUUUAAAUCCAAUAUUGUCAAUAUAAUAUCAAAUAGUUUAGAUGAAUUCAAAUAUUUUAUUUUCUAUUUCCAAUACAAAAUUAUCUUUUUUAUUUACAUGAAUCGAUUAGAAAUUAGUAUAAAAUAAUGUACUUAAUUAUUAAAUUUACUAAAUGAAUUUGAAGAAAUAAUAAAUGAAGUUAUCCUUUUAAGUUAAUCUGAAAAUUUAGUUAUUUAGGAAAAGUUUAAAAAUGAUGAAAAACUAAUAUUCAACUUAUUAUAAUUAUAGAAAGAUGAUUAUUCAUCAUCAAAAUUUAUGAAAUCAUUCUCUCAUCAUAUCAAAGUUUAUAUUUUUUAAAUGCAAAUGUUAAUAUCUUAAAUAUGUAAUCUAAAUAGUAUGUAUUCAAUUGGUAUAGAAUAAACUAGCAAAUUAAUUACGGAUUAAUGGAAUGAAAUUAAAUAUGAUCUGAAAUAUUUAGAAAAAGAUAAUAAUUAUUUUCUUUUAACUAAUUCAAUUUAUAUUAAAUUAUUGAAUCGAUUAUAGAUUUAAUUUAUAUAACUAUAAUUAUUAUUUGAUAGUUUUGACAAAAAUGCUUUAAAUUAAGGAAAUGAAUUGUUAAUUGAUAUUUAAUUGAUGCAAUAAUUUAUUUAAAAUGAAAAAAUAACUGAAAAACAAAGUGUUAUUAAAUCAAUUGUUAAGUGUUCAAAACAUAAAUAAUUAAAUGAAGAUCUAAUGAAGUAAUCUUUAGCUUAUCUUAAUUUUUAUGAAAAUUAAGUUAAAUUUAUUUUAUUAUUAUUAUAUAAUAGAAAUAAGGAAUUUUAACAGACAGAAUUAAUUGCUUCUUAAUUGGUAAAAUAAUUUAUAUAAUCUAAUUGUAUUUUGGAGCAAUUAAAUUUCAUUCCAAUUAUUGGAUGGAUUGGCGAACAUUAUUCAGAAACUGAUCAACAGGAAAAUAUGUAAAAUCUGUAUAAAUUUAUUAUUACAUUGAUGGAAGAACAAUUUAUGAUUUAUGAAAGCUUCUAAAUAGAGUCUACAAUUUAUUUUAACUAUUUAAAGGUUAUAAUAACUUAGACUAUAUUUUAUUGUUCUUAAUUGCUUUAUUAUAAUGUUUUAUCAAUGAGUAAUGGAAUAUAUUAGGGAUUCAUGCAAUUAAUCUAAUCUCAUAAUUUGUAUGGAGACAAUAAUCUAUUAAGUCACAUAAUCUAAAUCAAAUUGGUACAUGUUUUAAUUGAGAAUUAAUAACAUCAAUAUCCAUAUUAUUUCAGACAAAAUGAAGAUCAAUUAGAUUAUAAUUAUGAUGUUCCAAACUCUAUUUUAAAUUAAUCUUUAAUUACUUGUUUACUAAAGCUUUAUAAAUUUGUUGUAAAACAUCUACAAGUUAAUGAAGAACAAGAAAACAAUGAAAUAACUUGGUUUUAUGAUGAUAAAAUUAGUUAAUUAAAAUUAGAGUUAUUGUAUGGUUAUACUUUUAUAUUAAGUAAGUAGAAUGUUGAAUCAGAAAAUAAUCAUCCUUUUAUUGAUUUAUAAAUAGCAAUAAAAAAAUAUAUAAUAAUUAUUGAUGAAUAAUUAUAAAACUCAAAUGUUUUUGUAGUUAUUGAAAAUAAGGUUCUUUAUACAAGAAUAUUAUAAUUGACCUAUGAUUAUUAAUAGGCUUUUGAUCACAUUAAAAUAGUUGAUUUAUUAUAAUAAAUUCCAAUAAAAGAGGAUGAUAUUUCUGAUCAAUAAAAGGCAUCUUUACAAUAAAUCUUUUUUUCUAUACUUGACAUUCAUGUUAAUAAUAAUUUUUACUAUAAUAAUCAAUAGACUUAUAAAUAGAUGAUGUAAUUAGAAGAAAUGUAAUUCAUAAAAAAUCAUAAAACAUUUUAAAUUAGAUUUCUGUUGAUAAAAUUAAUGGAUUUCUUUUUAAAAUGUUAAUAAUUAGAAUUAAAUAAUGAAUUAAUUAAAUUUUUGUUUACUUUAUAUUAAAAUAAAGCUAAGAUGUUGAAAAAAGAGAAAUAUACAUUAAAAUUAGCAUUAGAAAUUAAUAGAUUGAGAACAUAUGUAUUAUCUGAAGAACUAAGGCAAUUAGUUGAAAAAUAAGAUAAAAAAGAUAAUACAAAAAUAUAAGAUUUAUUUGAAAAGAUACAGUUAGCUUCUCGUACGAUGAUGGAGAUUAAAGAAAAGAAAUAAAAGAAAAAGAAAGGGAAAGUUCAAAAAUCAAAUACAACUUCUGAUAUUAAUAGAUAUUUAUUAGCACAAUAAUUAGAAUAAUAAGAUAUGGAUAGAAUUUAAUCAGGAUUCGUACAUAUUGAUGAUAAAGAUUAAGGAUUUGAUAAUUAGAUAGCUUUAUGUUAAUUAGGAGUGAAAUUGAUUGUUUAUUAAUUACAUGUUGGAUAAUUUAGAGAUGCUGAUUCUAUGGCAUAUAAUAUAAAACGAAAAUUAUUUGAUUUGAUUUAUUAUGAAAUAUGCAGAAUGGCUUUGGAUUGGUAAAGUGAAAGGAUAUUCUUAAAAUCAAAUGCUACAGAAAUAUCAGUUAAUCAAUUAUUUAAAGCAUUAAAUAUUCAUGAUUUAAAUUUUGAAAAUUAUGAACAUAAUUUAUUACAUAAUAUUGGACCAAUAAAAUAAGUUGCUUUAAAUGUAAGAAAUUUCUUAGUUUUAAAAUAAGUUUUAUUUAUGAGAUUACUUUAUUCAUAUGUAGAAGGAUUAUAAGCUUUGUGUAUAAUAAUGAAAGGAGAUUUCAAAUUAUCAAAAUAAAAUCUAAAUUUGUAAAUCAAAUAUAUUAUUCUUUAGUGUUUAAACUUUUGGUGAAUCGAACAUAGAUGAGAUUUCAGCAUUAAUAACUGAUGUUCUAAUGUUAUUUGAAAUAACAACAGCUGAUUAUAAUUCAGCAUCUAAUAAAGCUAUUAAAUUAUUAAAAUUAUUAUCAAAAAGAAUAAAAUAAACAAAUAUUUAAUUGUAAACUCAUUGGAUAUAUAGUCAAUUUGAUGAUACAAGAAUUCAAAAACAAAGAGUAUUUAUAUAUAUUUAUAAUAUUAAUAGAUUUAUCAUCCAAUUUAAAUAGAAUAAAUAAUAACAUUUGAAGAAAUUGAUGAAAUGUAAUCAUUUAGUGAAAUUAAAUUCUCUUAUGAAGAAACAUUAACUAAAACAGCAUUAAGACCUUAUUUUGAAAUAACUAAACUAACAACAGAAGCUUAUUUUGCAUAUAUAGAAUCUUUGAUAUAACAACCAAAAAUAUUAAUAUAGUCUGUUGAUCCAAUAUUCUAUGCUUAAAAAUAUGUUCAGCAAUAAUAUGGUUUAUAACAUAUUUUCAAUGGUCAUUUAUAAAGAUUAAUAGCAACAAUGUAUUCUGAGUUUCUGAUCAACAAAAGAGUAAAAGAUUUAGAGGUUGCAUUGUAAUAAGAUUCUGAUAAGAAGAUCAAGUUUCUUAAACAAGAGAUCACAGCAAAAACUAGAGUAUAUUUAGAAUCUAGAGUGAAAAAUAAAUGCACAUAAUAAAUGGAGAAAGUAUAAAAUUAAAUCAUAUUAAUAAUAGAAAUUCUAAGAAACUAAACAAUUUUUAAAGAGUAAAAUAAAAACAUUAAGAACAAUAAGAGAUGGAAUAUCAUAUGAUGUAGUUUGUAGAUGGUCAUUGUAAGCAGCUAAUGAAUCACUUGCAAUUUAUUAGAAAUAUUGCAUUGAAUUCAAAUAUGAAUCAAAUCCUUAUCUAGGUUCUUUAUAUUCAACAUUUGCUAAUAUAUUCUUUGUAAUAUUAUUUAAAUAAAUUUAAGGUUUAAAAUAAAAUUGUAUCGACAUAACAAUAUUUGGAAAAGGUAAAAAAUACUUUAGAAUAUUGUUAUACAUCUAUUUCAAAUCCUGAUUAUUGCAGAUAUUUCUAUCAAUUAGGAUAUUUGAGAUUGCAUGUAUUUUAUAUUAUCAAAAUGUAUAUCGAGGCAUUAAUAGGUCUUGCUAGACUCAGUAAUAACAUAUUUUAUAUUAGAUCCCUCUGAAAAGUUUGAGGUUCUACUAGCAAUUAUAACUGAAAAUGAAAAAUUUUUGUAUCACUUUGAUUAAUAUUGCUCUCAUGGGUUUUUCUUAUUUUUGGAAAUUAAUAUACUGAAAUAAUUAUCAUAAGAACGUGUAAUCAGAGAUAGAUUGACUUAAUCCUAUCGUAAAGAUGAAUAAGAUUUGAUUAGAUAUUUAUAAAUAGAAGGAGAUAAAUUAGCAUUUUAGAAGACUAUAGAUGCUAAUUCUAAACCUUAUGCUCAUGUGGUUGAAAAUGUAUAUAAAGAUGCUGUUCAUCUCAUUGAAAAGUAAUCUCAUAAAUUUAAUCCUGAUUAUACAGGAUUAGAAUUGUUUAUUAAGGUAACAAUUUCAUUAUAAUUAUUAGGCAUUCUAAAUAUGCAAAUUAGUAUUAACUAGUGAUAACACAAUUUAUUAAAAGAUCCUUACACUUGUCAAUAAAUUAUCAAAUAGAAAGAAUAGUUUGGUUUGA